GUUGCAGGAGUCGCAGCCUGCGGACUCCGGCCAACAUGUUCAUCAUUAACUUGGCGAUCACAGACCUGCUGAUGUGUGUCACCCAGACGCCCAUCUUCUUCAUCACAAGCAUGCACAAACGCUGGAUCUUUGGAGAGAAAGGCUGCGAGGUGUAUGCGUUCUGUGGCGCUCUCUUCGGGAUGUGCUCCAUGGUCACGCUAACGGUGAUCGCCCUCGACCGUUACUUCGUCAUCACGCGACCUCUGACCUCCAUCGGCGUCCUGUCCCGUAAACGGGCCCUCUGGAUCCUGCUGGGGGCCUGGCUCUACACCCUGUUCUGGAGCCUGCCGCCCUUCUUCGGCUGGAGUGCCUAUGUCCCCGAGGGCCUGAUGACCUCGUGUACGUGGGACUACAUGACGUUCACCCCAUCGGUGCGAGCCUACACCAUGCUGCUCUUCGUCUGCGUCUUCUUCGUACCGCUCUUCAUCAUCAUGUACUGCUACUACUGCAUCUUCAGAGCCAUCCGCAGCACCAACAGGGCUGUGGGGAAGACUAACGGCAGCAUCCACAGUCACAGCAGCUGCAGAAACUCGGCGAAGAACUUCCAGCGGCUGCAGAACGAGUGGAAGAUGGCGAAGGUCGCUCUGAUCGUCAUCCUGCUCUACGUUAUCUCCUGGUCGCCAUACUCCGCGGUCGCUCUCACCGCCUUCGCCGGGUACGCAGACAUCUUGACUCCCUACAUGAACUCUGUGCCUGCCGUCAUCGCCAAGGCCUCGGCCAUCCACAACCCCAUCAUCUACGCCAUCACACACCCAAAAUACAGGAUAGCGUUGGCCAAGUACAUCCCGUGUCUCGGCAGGCUGCUCUGCGUCCACGCUCGCGACCUGCGCUCGGCCAGCAGCAGCUUCGUGUCGACGCGGCGCUCCACCGUGACCAGCCAGACCUCGGACAUCAGCAGCCAGCUGAGGCAGCAGAGCCACAAGACCCGCCUCUCCUCCGUCUCCGACAGCGAAUCGGGUAUGACGGACACCGAGGCGGACCUGUCCAGCGUGGGCUCCAGACCGGCCAGCCGCCAGGUGUCAUGUGACCUCAGCAGAGACACCACCGAGCUGCCCGAGUUCAAGCCCAGCGCCAGCUUCAAGUCCACGAUGAAGAGCCACGACUCGGGCAUCUUCGAAAAGACGUCCAAUGACACUGAUGUCUCCGCGCCGGUAGCCAGUGAACGCGGCAGCAUCCCAGAUACAAAAAUGGCAGAGGCCCACGGGAGGAGAAGCACGAUUGGUCGAGUCCCGAGCAUCGUCGUCACGUCUGAGUCCAGUCCCUUCCUUCCCAUUGGACGAAAGGGUUCCACUGCCCGCCCGACGACAGCCAAUAACAGCAGCGCGGGGGCGGGGUCUGGGUAGAGAAGCCUGCAGAAGCUCUUCACCUGAAGCUCAGAAAUCACACAUUCUCACUCCCAUUGCGCCAGAAAGAGACCCUUCUCUGGCGUUUGUUAUUGACGCAUUAAAAUCUCCUUUUGGCGCCACAUUUAGACGCUCACGGUGUGGUAUGGCGCGUGGCGGCCUGAACUAGGGUUGGGUACCGAAACCCAGCUCCACUACGAAACCGUUUCCUAUGCAACCUGUAGGAAUCGGACCGGAUUACAAAGCAAAUUUCGGUUCCACUUAAAGGUGCUCUAAGC